CGCGGCUUCAAGAAGAACGGACGUUCUUUCAGCAGAGUUUCUUGACGUGCGCCCUUAGAACUGGUUUCAAUUUGAAAAUGCUGCUGAUAUCACUUACGCUGAUGGCUUUUGGCCUGGCCCAAACGCUGCCCAUCGAGGAGGCCGAAACGCCGACGACCAGCGAAAUGCCGGAUUCAGGGCGAGUGGUUUUCGAUCAGCGACAGACUGGCAGAUUCAACAUCCACGUUAGCAUCAAGGAUGUGGCCAUCAUCGAGGUGGGCCAGAAUGGACUGGCCGAGGAGACGUAUAACGAUGAGGAGGAUUACUACUAUGAUGACAGUGCGUUGACCGUCAAACCGAUCAAGCUAACUACAGGGACCAGUAGCACCACAACAACGAGCACCACAUCGGCCACCCUGCCAGAGAGCACUGUAUCUACAGUGGCUCCUACUACCGAAGCCACGCAGCUGAAUACAAGCUUAAAUCUGUUGGCUGACAUUGCGGCCAGUGGUAUAACGAAGCCCAAGUCCAGACUAAACAAUCUGAUGAUUGUAGAGACGCCAAUCGGCGGUCUAACGAAGCCCUUGCACCACCCACUUCAUGCUCGAUCCAAGGAUAUACCCAGUAUGGCUGCAGCGGCACCAACUGCUUUAAUUACGCCACCCACUUUGCGCGAGAACAUUGAGUACACGCCGCCCAAAGGUCACAACUCGCCCAUUUUCAAGGUGAAAGUUCAACGAUCUUCGGUGCCGGCUACCAAGAAACCCGCUCGCUGCCGAAAUCAUCAGGUGCGAGAUGCCCAGGGCAAGUGCACCGACUCGAUCUACAGAAAGCUGUACAGCAUGCUGAUGGGGAUGAAUUUUCCUUUUUUGGCAGCCGCAAAUGCCGCAGAAAGUGCUUGAUGACUUAACAGUUUUAACUACCAUAUAGUUUAACUCAGACAUAGAGUUUAAGUGCCACUAAUUGGAUCUUAGCCAUUGGCGUGAAAUACAUUGACUGAAAGCCAGU